GCCCACAAUUGGGAAACCAAGGGCAAGCUCUCCUGCCAAGGCACCUUGGCCUCUAAGAAGAACAGGGUGAACCCCCGCAUGUCAUGAGCGCUCCCAGGAUUCAGGGUGAGAAGGCGAGCGGCCCGCAGCGAUCCUGUCACUCCGAGACCAAGGCCACGGAACUGCCUCUGUUCAACCCGCUUCUCUUGUGAACACCCUCCGCCCAGGGCUGCGAGGAGGCUUUGGAUCCGUGUUUCUUCCACCCUCCCCUGGGUGUCGUCACCACGACCGUUCAUGAAAAUGCUGCAUCCGCAGCACAGAGCUCGGCUGGAGCGCCGGAUGGUUGGCUCGACCAAUCGGUGGCGUUUUCCCAGAGAGGCUUUCUCCGGGGACCUGCUGGGACUUUCCCAGAUGUGCAAGGCUUUGAACGUGGACUUUGAAGAAGUUUUGAAGAACCCAGACAGGUUAUGCAUUUCACAAAUCCAGAAAAUUUUCUCGGGGAACUUGAAGAACAAGACCAUCCCAAGUGGGGAGGCAGACGUGAUUCUCACCUGUCUGGGCUCCAAAUGGCAACUCCACCAGCCCCAGCUUUUCCAGUCGGAGACCUUGGCCAAGCUCUUCCUGAUGGCACUGGCCCAGGGCACCACAAGCCCCACAAAGGAACUGGAGAGGCUUCUGCGAGCCCACUUGCAUGGGAAUGUCAAGGAAAGACCCCCCAUAAAGAAGAUGAUCAUUUCCUUGAAGAUCAAUGACCCCCUGGUCACUAAAGUUGCCUUCGCCACAGCCCUGAAGAACCUCUACCUGAGCGAGGUGGAGAUCAACUCGAACGACGUGCUAGGCGUGCUGGCUUCCGCGCACAUUCUCCAGCUCAGCAGCCUGUUUCAGAGAUGUGUGGCCAUGAUGAUGAAUGGACUCAUGCCGAGCACCAUCAAGGACUUCUACCUGGCUGGCUGCAAGUAUAAGGAAGAGCAGCUCACCACUGCCUGUGAGAAGUGGCUGGAAAUGAACUUGGUCCCUCUGGUGGGGACGCAGAUCCACCUCCGGAAAAUCCCACAGGAGCUGCUCCACAAAGUGCUUCGGUCCCCCAGGCUGUUCACUUUUAACGAGUUUCAUCUUCUGAAAACGCUACUUUUGUGGGUCUUCUUGCAACUGAACCACAAAAUCCAGACGGUUCCGGUUCAUGAAACUGUGCUGGCGUUUUUUAAAAGCUUCCCCAAGAAGCAUUCCUUUCUGGAUCAGGACGCAGGACAGGGCUUGGUGCCCCUCUUCCUUUGCCUGCGCCUGCACGGAAUCAUCAAAGGCAAAAAUCUGGAGGAGUUAAGGCACAUUAAUUUCUUCCCGGAGUCCUGGUUGAUCCGAGUUACAGCCAACCAUUACCACGCACUGGAGAAUGGAGGUGACAUGGUCCAUGUGAAAGAUCUCGCCACCCAGGCUAUGAGAUUCGGGCUGCUCUUUAACCAGGAGUAUACAACUCAUUCAGAAAUGAUUGCCGUAUAUGGAUUCUUCUUUGAGAUAAAGGGAAUCAAACAUGAUACUACCUCUUAUAGUUUUUACAUGCAGAGAGUAAAGCACACUGACUUGGGGUUCCCGUCCUUGCUCUAUGAGCACGGCCCUGUUAGCCUGAGAACGGAGCGCUUGGUGAAGUACGAGAUCAGAGCCCAGACCCUGGUGGACGGCAAGUGGCAAGAGUUCAGGACCAACCAGAUCACCCAGAAGUUUGGGUUCGUCAAGCCAUCCUGCAAAAGCCAUGCCCUGAAAGUCCAAACUGUGGGCAUCCCAAUCUAUGCAAGUUUUUCAUUCAUCUUCCCAACAUCUUGACAAUUUCCAGAAGGAUCUAUGGGAUUUUUCCUUCUUCCACCAGUCUGCAUAAAAGAAAAUAAAAUGACAUUGAAGGGACCACUCAAGCCUUCAGCUGACUUUCCUAGCUGGCCAUGGUCUUAGUAGAACUUUUGCCCACUGUCUCAGUCGGGCUACUGUCACAGAGUACCACAGGUGGGGGAACUUAUAACAACAGUCAUUUAUCACUCACAGUUCUAGAGGCUGGGUGUCCAAGAUCAAGAUGCUGGCAUAUUCAGGGUAGGUUCUGGAGGGGACUGGCUUCCUAGUUCAGAAACAGCCAUCUUCUUGCUAGGUCCUUGGAGGGUAAAAGGGACUAGGGGACUCUCUGAGGCCACUUUGUAAGGGUUAGAGUGGUGUCCUUGUGACCUAAUCAACUCACAAAAGCCCCACAUCCUAAAACCAUCAGCUUUGGGGGUUAAGAUUCAACACAGGAGUUCUAGGGAGACUUUCAAACUGGAGCACCACGUUUCUAUCAUUUGUGGAUGGAAAAUAGCAGACCUGAGUCCGUUUGCUAUCCUUCACCUCAGAGCACCUGGAGGCCAGCCCUAAAUUACUGCCUUCACAGGAGCACUGUGAUGGGAGUGUCAGCAGUUGACAGCAUUCUCCAACUGGGAGUACCAAGUGUUCCUCUUUUCAUGAUGCUUCUCUACUUGCUGACCAGGACACACCUGACCUCUGUCCCUGCAGUUUUUUGGGGAGGACAGGGAGGGAAGGGAACAAUUACAAGAUAGAGAGUGACUUGCAGACCAUCCGCCUUUUUAAAUGGAGUUCAGUGGUUUGGAGAAAGUGAGUUAGAGAGCCUUUCUUCCCACUUUGUGGAUUAGUUUUCUAUUGCAGUGUAGCAAAGUCCCAUAAAUUCAGGCUUGAAACAACAUGCAUUUAUUAUUUCACAUUUGUUGCAUAUUAGGAGUUCAGGUAGCUUUGCUGGGUCUCCUGUUCAGGGUCUCCCAAGUCUACAGUCUAGAGGCAGCAGAGCUGUGUUCUCAUCUGAAGGCACGACUGGGGAGAACCCAUGUCCCAGUUCAUGGAGUUGGCAGAUUUAUUUUCUUGCAACUGCAUAACUGAGGGCCUGGCUGCUUACUGGCUGUUGGGAGAAGAGCAUCUAGGCCCCAGUAACCCCCAAAUUCCCUGCUGGCCAUCUCUACAGACAUUUCA